AUGAGUAAAUAGAAGUAAACUGAUAAUAAAACAAAUGAAUAAAUUAUUAGUGAUUUGCGAUCUCUUUUUGACUUCACUAGCAAUAGACAUAAAUAAGAUAAAGAUUUCUUGAAAAAAUUUACACCAAUCAUUAAAAAAGAAAAACUUAUUGAUAAAAAAAAUGUAGUGAAUGAAUUACUCAAUCUGUUUAAAUUGGCUUCCAAUUCUAAAAAUCUUUAUUUUAAUACUAUUAUUGAUUGCUUAUUGCUUUUAUAAGCAAAAGAUAUCAAUAUAAAUCUUGUAUUGGCAGAAGCAAUUAAAGGUCCUUGUUAAAUAGAUAAAAAGUCAAAAGAAAAUUAAGAUAAUGAAGAAAUCAAACUCUUUUGUUUUCAAAAAUUAGAAAUCUAACAUGCAGAAACCUAACUCAACUUGUCUAAAGUAUUGGUAUUUAUGGAAAGAGUUUUAAAGUAAAUUGCAACAAAAACUAAAGAUGAAACCAAAAAAAUAUUUUAAUUCUUGACUUCAAUUUAAGAUAUCUUAAGUCAAUAAUUAUAAUUAUAGAGCUUAAUUUGUAUAUUAAUACUUAAAAUUGUAUUAACUUUAAUGAAGUAGUCAGUACUAUAGAAAACAGACAUGAAAGUCUUAUAUAAUUUAAUUGAUGAAUAAAAUAUUCACUUAGUUUUUAAAAAUAUCCUAACAAUUGCAAAAACAACUUGUAUAUAUAUUUUAUUUCAUAAUUUUAGAUGUUCAUAAAUAUUAUCAUUAUAUAUUUAAAAGUUGUUUCAUGUUAUUAUGCGAAGUUUGUACUAAAAAUAAAAUGGCAGUAUACUUUUAAACAUUUCUUUGUAGUCCAAUGAGUUAAACUCAUUUAAAAACUAUAUUUAAUAUAAUCAAAGAAUUUAAUUAUUUAUUCUACUAAGAUGUCAAAGAUUUAGUAAUUAUUUUUAAUACUAUUAAUAAGCCAUAUUUAUUUGAAAAACCAAGAUUUCUAAUAGAUUAUCUCCCAACAAAUUUUUUAUUAGGAUUACUCAAUAGAAAUCCAGGAAAUUGGAUGUAUGUCUAAAAUUUCAUAUAAAAUCAUAUUCAAAUUGAUGAUAAAUAUUUAAAUUUUACUAUUGCCAAUUUAGCAUAAAGACAAUCUAAAAUAGUAGAUUUUGGUUAUAUCUUUUAAUCAAAUAAAUUGUAUAUUAUACAUAAUAUUAUUAAUAGAAAAAAGAAAAAUAUUAAUCAAAUAGAUCAAUUAUUAAUUGAAUCAAUUCAAUAGUAAUAAGAUGUUGGGGAUUAUAACACUUAUAUUUAUUGUUAAUUGCAUUUACUAUUAUAUUUAAAUUCUUUUGAUUUAACUAGCAAUUACUUCAAUAAAACAUAAAUAUCUUGUGAUUCAAGAUUCUUUAAAAGAUUAUUCUUGUUAAAAUUAGAAGAUAAAAUGUAACCAUCUUAUAACUCAUAUUUAGCUAUAAAUAUUAAGAAAUUACAAAAUUAUCAAAACCUAGAUAUGGAACUAAUUAAUACUUUACUUUUUAAAUCAACAAAUAAUUAAAAUAAUUAAAGUAUCCAAUUGCCUAAAGUUAAAUUAAAAAUAUCUAUUAAGACAUUAAAUAAAUGCUUAAUAUUAAUUAUUAUUUCUAAUUUCCAUUCAUUUCAAAAUUUUCUUAAUAUAUUAAAGUUCUUUUUAAAGAUUUAACUCAAUAGUUUUUAAAUAAUACUUUAUUUCCAUUUGAUUAUCAAUAAUACUUUGGUUUAAGUAAUAUUUUCUUAAUAAAAUAGUUAUGAUAUUAAGUUCAUAUUCAAAAUAAGCAUUCUAAGCCUUUAUAUUCUCAAUUUUUAAUUCAUUAUUGUUAAUGUAGAAGCCACAUGUAGUCCAUUAAGAAUUAACACAAUUGUAAUUGUCUGCAUUAGAAGAAGUGGGAGUAAUGUUCAAUAAUUUGAAUAUUGAAGAUUCCAUAUUUUAAUAAAUGAUAAUUGCAGCAAUUCAUUUCUUUACUACUUUUGAAAUAAAAAAGAAUUAAAAAUUAAAUUAAUUCACUUAAAUUCUAGAGAGAUUAAAAACCUAUUUAAGAUUGAAUUGGAGAAAUGAAUAAGGUGUAUUAAAAUAAUACAAAUAACUUAUGUUAAUGGCAGUUGAUAGAUUCUUGAUGAUGAAUGGAUUAGGGUAAUUAUAUAACAAUAAAUAGAGCAUAAUCUCUUAAAAAUAAUCAAAGUAAAUUUUUAAGAUUCUUCAAUACUAAUUUAGUGAAUAAUGUUGAUUUUAUAGAUGUCUUGAUUAAGAUAACUGGACAUAUUAAGAUUUAAGAAGUGUCAAAAUAUUUAGAAUAUUUAGGAGAAUGUUAUUUGGGCAGUCUUGCAAUUCAUUAGUAAAAUAGAAGUCUGAAAUUUUAAUUGUGUACUUAAGUAUCAAAUAAGAUUAUAUUAGAUAUUGUAUCAUCAUAGAUAGAAUGCUUUGAUUUAUUUAGAAAAAAAUAUGAAGGAACCAAAUUAACUUUAUGAAUUACUAUAUUAUUUUUAAAGAGAAAAAAGACUAAAGAAAGAUUAACCGAAUGUAGAAUCAAAUGGAAGAUAUUAAUGUAGAAAGAAAUUAGUCUAUUUGUUCAUGAAAGAAUCGUAGUUUACAAAGAUGCAUUAUAAUUGUUUAUUGAAAUUAUUAAAAUGA